UACAAAUUGCGUCACAAAUUGAAAGAACCCACUCAGUCUUACCGAAUUUUGCGUCAAUUGAAUUAAAGCCAAUGGAGAGACGUCGUUUCUGUUACAUCUGUACGUGUAGAUAGUACGUUUAGCUUCCUUGGCUUGGAAAGUCACAUCAAGUUUCGUUAGAGCUAUAUAUAGAAAGACUACUGACUGUUUCCUGGCUGGUCAGCUUGCCAGCUGAGUCUAACGUCGAGAUGGACCAGGCAGCAAGCCGAUAUCAAGUGUUACACAACGAGGAUGACCUGUCGGAGGCCUCCACCAGUGCCCAGCCGUCCACUUCAGCCCAGGCCAGUGCGACCCCAGAGCCUGCGCUGCAAGGGGGGGACGCCGAGGCCCCUCCUCCCCCCUACACCAGUAUCGCUUUGGGAGCCGCUGCUGAGAGCAGUUUCCAGGGAGACUUCCCGGUGCCGCCUCCCUACAGUGUUGCCACCUCUUUGCCCACAUACGAUGAGGCAGAGAAGGCCAAGGCAGCAUCCUUGGCUGCCUCGGCUGUGGAAGUGAUCCCCCGGGAUGAUGACUUCCCUCCCAGGGAUGAUUUCAGUGAUGCAGACCAGUUGAGAGUUGGCAACGAUGGCAUCUUCAUGCUGGCCUUUUUCAUGGCCUUCCUGUUCAACUGGAUCGGGUUCUGCCUGUCCUUCUGCCUGACUAACACCAUCGCCGGGCGAUACGGGGCCAUAUGCGGCUUCGGCCUCUCUCUCAUCAAGUGGAUUCUCAUCGUCAGGUUCUCUGACUAUUUUACUGGAUACUUCAAUGGACAGUACUGGCUCUGGUGGAUCUUCCUGAUCCUUGGUCUUCUGCUGUUCUUCAGAGGAUUCGUGAACUAUCUGAAAGUGCGCAACAUGUCAGAAAGCAUGGCUACUUCUCACAGAACCCGCUUCUUCUUUCUCUAUUAGAGGUGAAGUGAGGCUGUCAGACCAAAAAUUCUUCCUAAAUGUGAAAUUCCUAGACGAUUUGCCACUCCUCAAAUGACCAGGAUGCACACCCAUUCUGAGAAGAGGUUAAACAAAACACACAAGGAAGGACAGCUCAAUCGUUCCCAAAGUCUGGCCUCUUUUAAUAAAUAAAAACAAAAACUAAUAAUGGACUCGCCUCUUUUAGAAUUGAAUAAAUGUAUGUUAUAAACUGUCAGUGUAUUCAAUAUUCUUACCAGCUUUAUUUGGCUCUUAACAUUUCAAUUGCUUUCCAUCGACCCUUGAUAUUGUCUGUGUGCUUGAUUUCCCCAAGUAUUGUAUAAACUGUGCGUCUUACCCCAAGGUGCUAAUGUGGUACCUGUUGUAGGCCAUGUUGAAAUGUAGAGGCAGAGUGGCAGGAUAUGGUAUGCAUUCAACAUGUUUUAUGCAAUGGAUCCUUCCCCUAAAGUGGAUGUCAGGUGGUAUUUUUGCGAUCCAUGAUAUGCAUGGUUUAGUAAUAUCCUGUCUGCUUAAGCACUAGGGAUCAGAAUAAUUCAGAAUCAGCUUUCAGAAUCUAUUAGAGGUUGUUUUAGUCUGUUUUACCUUUACUUAGUAUCCAGAUUUCAUCGUGUCUGGAUUAAGAAUCUGCUGUUUGAUGAUUAUUUUGAUCCAGCUAAUGCCAAUUUAUAACAUUUGCACUUUUCAAAAAUCUGAGUUGUGAAUUGCUUAAUUAUUGUUGUAGUUAGACUGAUACGUUUUAAUGUCAAUCAGUUGGAACUGGAAUUUGUAUUUGUCCCAAAAGGAUAUCUGCCUUUUGCACUUUUUACUUAAAGAUAAUGUAAUUGUCAGUCUUUUUGUUUUAAUUGUCAAAAUUAGCCUAAACUGUGACAUUUGUAAAUUAUGCCAAGCUUGGAUGAUGCCUUUCUAAUUCAAUUAUGUUCCACGAAUGCCUCUUCAGCAAUAUGACAACCUUCAAUUGGAAAUGGUAAUGCAUGACUAGACAAGCCAAUUAGUUUGGUAGAGCAGCAAUCUUAGUAUUCUAUGUUUGACAACCAAACAUUUUAUUUGUCAAAAGUGAUUCUCUUAACAUCUGUUGAGCAAUGAUCAUGUGUGCUUGUUAACUGGUAUAAACUCAUGAAGUCUUGCACAAUGCAAUAAAGUUCCAAAUGCA